GUAUGUUCUACUUUUAAAUUAGUUCUAAUUAGGUAGUAAUUGGAGAGAGUCCAAUUAGUCCAAUAUUUAUCAUUUAUUCCUAUUUUAAGGGAUAAGAUGAAGUCGCGUAGGAUUUUCUCACGAGAAUGGUGUUCAUGAUAGUGAUUCUCAAACAAUUAAUAGUGGUUUCUCAAACAGUUUUCAGAAUUUGGGCAUUCAGGAAGCAGAGCACCAAAGUCCUAAAUCUGACUAUUCUUCAGAGGAUCGAUCCCCAUGUGGAGGAGAUCCUGAUCACGGCUGCCCACGUUACUUUCUACGAAUUCAACAUUGAGCUCAAUCAGUGGAGUCGUAAGGAUGUUGAGGGAUCUUUGUUUGUUGUUAAAAGAAACACGCAGCCGAGAUUCCAGUUCAUUGUUAUGAACAGAAGGAACGCAGAAAAUUUGGUGGAGGAUAUCUUGGGAGAUUUUGAGUAUGAAAUCCGACCUCUGGUGGAGGAUAUCUUGGGAGAUUUUGAGUAUGAAAUCCAACCUUCAUACUUGUUGUACCGGAAUGCAGCUCAAGAAGUUAAUGGUAUAUGGUUUUACAACCAACAAGAAUGUGAAGUUGUUGCAGCUAUUUUCCAGAGGAUACUAAGUGCAUUCUCUAAGGUUCCUCCAAAGUCUGGCUUAUCUGCUGCUAAAAGGCUUUGAACUUUGCAUUGAAGGAUUACUUUAAGAGGUUAUUCAACUUCAAGAAAGACAGGGAUGGCUAUUGGAAGUGGUUUGCCGGAAAUCUUGCAUCUGGUGGUGCUGUUGGUGCCUCAUCCCUACUGUUUGUUUACUCCCUGGAUUAUGCCCGUACCCGUUUGGCCAAUGAUGCAAAAGCUGCAAAGAAGGGAGGAGAGAGGCAGUUUAUUGAAACACCUACUGUAAGAGCAUCUGUUAUGAUGGACAACUCUACUAGAAGUGAGGUAAGUUUGUUCUGUUUCACAAAAUGAUGGAUAACCUGUAUAGCAUUACAAAACCACUGCAUCACAUUUCUUAUACCAUAUAAACCCUCUAUGUGGACUGGAGUCUGGACUGCAUGGUAAUUUCUUGAAUUCUAAGCAAUUUUUCUUUACUUUAAUUAGGAAAAGUUGGUUAUUUUUGAGUCAAAUUCACAACCUUUUGUUUUCUUUUGUAUAAAUUUCAGAUUUACAGGGUUUGGAGGUCCAAUUCCUUAUCGACCCGUUGAAGAUGUGUCCUUUGCUAUUGCACAGUUUAUACAGAAAGGUGGAUCUUAUUUCAACUACUAUAUGUACCAUGGUGGAACGAAUUUUGGCAGGAUAGCUGGUGGUCCAUUCAUCGCUACAAACUAUGAUUAUGAUGCUCCAAUUGAUGAAUAUGCGUUGUCAUUCUUAUCAGCCUACAAAUAAAUGUUAUAGAGUGGGGGCAUCUUAGAAAAGGUGUGCAUUCUAGAACUCCUAUAUAGCGUGAAAGCACUGGCUUGCGAACCUUCUCCACCAAAUAAUUAAUGGUCUUCAUGAUGUGUAAUGCGAAACAGUAGCAACAUGACAUCAUGGGAGUUCUGGGCGUUAGGUGGAGCAACCAUUUGGGGUUCAUUUAUUCCUCUGUUUGUUGGGUUAUAUACUGUACAAAAUGCCUAUAUCGGAUUCUUAUAAGUUGCAUCCAGUAUCAGGGCGAUAAUCAGCCACAUCAAUUGAUUUGUAAUCUGAAGAGGUCAGGGAUUCAGAUUCAGAUUCGCUUAUUACUGACAUAAACAGACGUAACUCAUUUGGUUGCUUGCAUUCUUCACCUUCAGCUUGUGCUGUAGAAGAUUGCUUAUCGAAAAGCCCUCAAGGUCACCAGUUUGAUAAGAAGCGCAUGACUUCAUACACAUAGUUUUUCUCCCAGCUACAGAAAGAUUGAAAUAUUCUCCGACAAUGUUCGAUUAUUCAUGUUACUUCUGUUUUCGCAACGUGAUCUCUGUGGCAUUAUUUUUUGUAUUUUGUAUUUUUAUGUAUGUUGCUCUCCAGGCCACCAGUUUUUCCUCCGUCUUCAAUUGUAUUUGGAUAUUAC